CAUCCACACGCAUACGCGAAAGGUUGCUGAGGCCUUGAACAGUCUCAGCGCUUCGGGAGUUCUCUGGUCGGAUUUGGGAUGAGGCAGGAAGUCUUCGGUUCCUCCGCUGUGAGACGUGCUGAGCCUGGGCUUUGCAGAUGUCGGGUGUCCCGGCCAUCCCGCUACUGAUCAACCUGGGCUGUUCGGUGCUCGGCCUCCUGGGCACCGCCGCCCUCAUCCCCGCCUUCAGGCAGCACUUCAUUGUGGCCCGGCUGUACGGCGUCGACCUCAACAAGACCUCCAAGGAGAAAGUCCCAGAAGCUCAAGGGGUAAUCAGCGGCGUGGUCUUCCUCAUCAUUCUUUUCUGUUUCAUUCCUGUUCCUUUUCUGCACUGCUGGGCGGAGGAGCAGUGCAUCACCUUUCCUCACGAUGUGUUUGUGCAGUUAAUUGGGGCCCUCCUUGCCAUCUGUUGCAUGAUAUUCUUGGGGUUUGCUGAUGAUGUCCUCAACCUGCAAUGGAGACACAAAUUGUUGUUGCCGACCAUGGCCUCCCUGCCCCUACUCAUGGUGUACUUCACCAACUUUGGCAACACCACAAUUGUGGUGCCAAAACCCUUGCGCAUGUUUCUGGGUCUCCAUUUAGACUUGGGAAUUCUGUAUUAUGCCUAUAUGGGGAUGCUGGCAGUGUUUUGCACAAAUGCCAUCAACAUUCUGGCUGGUAUCAAUGGAAUUGAGGCUGGACAGUCUGUAGUGAUUGCCAUGUCAAUCAUCAUUUUUAAUUUAAUAGAACUAAAUGGUGACUACAAGGAUGACCACAUAUUCUCCCUGUACUUCAUGAUACCCUUUUUCUUCACCACUUUAGGACUGUUAUACCAUAAUUGGUACCCAUCCAGUGCAUUUGUGGGCGACACAUUCUGUUACUUUGCAGGAAUGACUUUUGCAGUGGUUGGGAUCCUUGGCCACUUCAGCAAGACCAUGAUGUUGUUUUUCAUCCCUCAAACGCUCAACUUCCUAUACUCGGUGCCUCAGCUUUUCCAUGUCAUUCCGUGUCCGCGGCAUCGAAUGCCCAGACUAGAUCCCAGCACUGGAAAGCUAGGCAUGAGUUACUCAAAAUUCAAAACUAAGGAUUUGCCUAAACUUGGAUUCGCAAUUUUAAAGGUAGCCAACAAACUGGGCCUGGUGGAGGUGAACCAUGGAGUUGGAGAGAACAACGAAUACACAGAAUGCAACAACCUGACUCUGAUUAAUUUUGUAUUAAAGCUGAUAGGCCCUAAGCACGAAAGAACCCUAACCAUUAUACUUCUGCUUAUCCAGGUCUCAGGAAGUGUGUUUGCUUUUCUGAUUCGUUACCACCUGGUCCGCUGGUUUUACGACGUCUGAUUCUCAUUCUCAAAUAUUUGAAGCAUGGUUAUUCCUCUGGGGAGUUAUUACUCCAAGCUGCCUAUCAGAGCUUGCUGGAUACAGGAGUAUCUGUUGAUUGCUUGGUUGGAUAUAUUGAGUUGGAGUUUUGUUUUAUUGUUAGUGCACUUCAUUGUUGAGUAAUGUUGCUGAAAAUUAGUCUUGGAAAAGUAAUGCUUAAUUGUUGUGGGCAUUGAAAGAAUCAGUGAUAGAGAAUGUUUUUAUAAUUUAAAUGAACUGAUUAAAAUAACGUGACAGUGUCUCCAAAUAGUGUGGAGACAAUUUCAAAAUAUUUUUUCUUGAAUGAUGCACUUCAUUAUGUUGCACACGUCUUUACCAUUUGUUCCUCUAGAAUGUGGUGCAAUAUCAUAGAGUUUGUUACUGUAAAGCAAAGCCUUUCAGUCCUUUGAAUCCUUUGUUUUAACUUCAAGGUGACUUGCUCAAUUCUAGAGAUUCUAAGCUCUAAUUACCAUUGACUAUGAAGUCAGGUGAGCUUUUGUGUUAUUCCUGUUCUCCUUUAGCAUUCUUACUUCGUCCAUAAAAGAUCCUGUCCAAAUGUUGAUGAUAAAGAUCUUGGGAAGUUUUCAGAGAAGAUAUCUGUGUGUCUAUACGAACAGACAAACAGAUGGACUAUACUAACAGAAAGUGCAUCUGCAUUCCUGAGCCUUUCCCCGAAAGUCUUGCAGCUUGAGGUGAUAUUUGGUAGCAACUCCAUUAGGAGGAUGCAUGCUAAGUAACAUACCAUGGUACUAGUGUGUCUUUCCCUCAUGACCACUGAUUUGAAAUAGGAAAUUUGCAGUGUGGAAUUUGGUGUGUGAAACUUGUAAACUUGGUCAAUGUUAUAGAAUGCCAGUGAUGCUUACUAAAUCCCCUCAGGAUGGAUUGGAUAACGAAAGGCAAAGCAAAUCAGUCUCUGUAAUGUUUGAACAUAGUGUUUUUUUAAAAAAAGGAAGUUGCUAUCCUACCAUUCUCUUGCUGUCAAUAAGCUGUAUGUUAUGACCCUGAUUUCAGCAUCAAUACUCCAAAGAAAUAGCUGCCAGUUUAAAAUAAAAGUAGAGCUCUGCAGAUUUAAAAUAACAAAAUUCAUGGAAACAUUCAGCAAUUUCUAUGUCUUCUGAGUAGAGACAAACCAUGGAAUAGUAAUUCACUUUAUCUCUCCACAGCUGUUGCAUAACUUGCUGAAAUUGACAGUAUUUUCUGUUUUUAUUACCAUCCUAGAAAAUAAAUUACUAUAAAUGAAAACUAGAAGGAUGGGUAAGAGCUGGGUGGACAACACUAGGACAACACUGGGUAAAGUCCUAAGCCAUUCAAUAACUUGAAAAAUCAACUGAAUGAAAAUGCACAUCAAAUUUCUUGUCAAUUUUCAUCACAUUUCACUUCCCUAAUUUACAUACUAAAACUUUACACAGUUAUUUAAACUACUAUUGAUAAGAAACAGAAAUCCUAUCAUCCAGAUGUUUUAUGUGUUCAAGGCAAGGAUAAAAUGCUGUCACUGGACACUGAAAUUGACUCAGUCAAAACUACUUAAUGUUUAAAAUUUCCUAAAUGUUUGUUAUCUUGGUAUGACCUCAAUUAUGAUAACUGGAAAGAUAAGUGAAUAAUGUAUGAGAGAACAUUUCAAUUUUUAUA